GCUGUCGACCAUAACGAGCUCGCCGUGUCGCACUAGUAUUCGCCAUGACUAUCAAGCUCAAGCCAAGUCUCUCACCUUCGCCCCCUCCGCUCAUGCUCACGGAUGAAAUGCCGGCAUCGCCUGCAGACGUCCUCGAGGUCCCCGGUUCGCCACCCACGACAUGGCUGUCGGCGCGCGACAUGAAGAUGUAUGGGCUGGAGCCAUUGAGGUCCGAAGUCGGUAUCAUAAGGUGCAAAGACUGCGGGAAACCCAUCCUUAAGAGCGCGAUCGCCGAGCAUGCAGAUAACUGCGCAAAGAUUCGUUCAGGAGGGAAGAAGGCUGGGAAGGGAAAAGCAAAUGCAGAUGCAGAGGACUCCACGAAGAAAGGGAAGAAGCGCAAGGCAGACGACGAAGAUCUCAAUCCAGACGACCCGAAGAAGAAGAAGCCGGCUCCCAAGGUCAACAAAGGGCGUUUCAAGGGUCCCGUCGACUACGACAAGCAAUGUGGCGUCAUAAACGAUAAGGGCCUCCCUUGCUCGCGCUCGCUCACAUGCAAGUCGCACUCGAUGGGUGCCAAGCGCGCUGUCCAAGGCCGUUCUAAGCCUUAUGACGAGCUGCUACUCGAGUGGAACCGGCUGAACAAUCCGAAUUGGGUUGAACCGGUGAAGCGGGAGAGCAAAGCAGAGAAGAAGGAGCGUAAAGAGCGCGAAAAGGCAGAGAAGAAGCGGCAGCAGGCAGAGGCCGCUGCCGCUGCGGGUGUCGACGUUACAAAGAAGGGCGCCAACAAUGCCCUCGUGGGCACAUUGACGAAGAAGAACAAGAAGGCCACGGCCGCAGCUGCUGCUGCUGCAGUCGUCUCUUCCGCCGGAGUGGUAACUGGAGAGGAUGGAUACGAGAACCUGGACGAAGUUGACUCGGAGGCUGAGCUCGAUUCCCUCGUUCAUGCGGUUCGCGCAGCCCAGGAUACUGGGCUGAUAGGAGUUCCACUUGCAGUACCUUGCGAUGCAAGUUCGUGGUUUGUGGCCCGACGUGAACGGCUCCGGAGCUGCAACCAACUUGUCGCCAGUGCUCUCAUGCCCUCGUCGCGAAAUUCUGUGGGCCCGGGAGGUCCUCGACUCGCUUGAUCCUCGCCUUUCUUCCCUUUACUUCCUGGCGCAUCUGCGCUGCUUUCUAGAUGUGGGAUCAAGAAGGUCUUGACUCACGCGACUUGCACUCCACCCGCGGCCUACUCUUACCAUGGCUGUGCCAUGUGUAUGUCCCUCCCUUCCCCUUUCCACGUUGAUGCUGUAGUCAUGGCCUCGCGCGGGAACCUGCUUCCAGGGUCCUUUGUCUUGCUCAUGUGCACUUUUGUGUCGUGCUAUACCCCGUUCAUUCAAUGAUACCCCAGCAUACUCUUGCCAUUCGUGUACUGGUCAAUAUACACGGUGUAAUAUUUUGCAAACUCGUUCGCUGAGUACAGAUCGCCUGUUAUCAUUGAGACGGGACGAAUUCCUUUCUUCGACGCCGUUUCCAGCGAACAAGAGCAGCUCGUAGAAGAUGAACAGUACU